GUUAGGAACGCCCCAGAGGGGCUCCAUUAGAGAAACGUGAGAUCUGGCAUGAGAGAUAGGCAGACAGUUUUGAGCUGCGUUAUGUAUAACUGUCUCCUACUUGUUUUUCUCCUUUGAACUAUUUGGGCAAUGGUCAAUGUACUUGGAUUAUAAGAAAUUGGGAAACAUGUAUCUCAGACACUGCAUUUAUUUUUUGCUUCUGUUGUUUGGCUGUGCUGCUGAAGAAUGUGCGAAUGAAGAGGAAUGUCCUAAAGAUUACCAGGAUGUAUAUGACAAGAGCAUAAGCAAUAUCCCAUCCACCCUGAAAGCUGGAGCAACUGAGGUCUUUUUUGUAGGAAGUCUAAUCUCCACCAUUCCAGUUGGAGCAUUCACCAACAGUCCUCAGCUGGAAAAGGUGGAAUUCCUGAACACACCUACCAUUUCCAUAGAAAGAGGUGCAUUUGAGGGUUUGGAUAAAGUGCAUUCCAUUGAAAUCUCAAAUACGCCGCUGACAUCGUUACCUGUGGGAGUUUUUCAGAAUCUGCCAAUGCUUGAAAGUCUGAUUCUAAAACUCAACAAAAUUCAGCGCCUUGAGAAGGGCUUAUUUGAUGGUCUCAGAAAGCUAAGAGAGCUCCAUCUCCACACCAAUGAAAUUGUCUCAAUUGAUGAGGGAACAUUUGAUGAGCUUGACAACCUACAACUCCUUCACCUGGCUAAGAAUAACAUUACCUCUAUCUCCACAGAAAUGUUUUCAAAGCUUAAAAAAUUGGCUACACUCAGACUUUAUGAAAAUGACAUCACUGCUGUUCCAGCUGGGAUCUUCAAUGAUCUGACAAAUCUGAAAGAGAUUGCCUUACAAGGGAAUAAAAUCUCAGUGUUACCACCUAAUUUAUUUUUUGCUAAUAAGAAAUUGCAAAAAAUAAUUUUAGAGCAAAAUCUGUUAACUGGAUUGCCCCCUGAAAUCUUUGUUGGCCUUCCUCUGAUUAAACAGUUGUCACUUCAGAAGAAUCAAAUAACGAGUCUGCCUCCUGUGCUCUUUGGGGAAAUGCCCACACUUAGUGAGGUGAAACUCAAUCAAAACAAUCUCACUGCCCUUCCACCAGGAGUAUUCAGUCCCAUCAUCAAACUGAAAAAACUGGACUUAUCGCAAAAUCAAUUUACAUCUUUGUUCAGUAGGUAUUUUGAAGGUCUGGAAAGCCUCCUAGAAUUGAACCUACAAAAAAACUUGAUUGAAACAUUAGAACCAACAACCUUUGAAAACGUAACCAGCCUGACUACCCUAAAGCUAACGGAUAAUAAGCUGAGGACUCUUCCUGAAGGUGUAUUUGAUACUUUACCAAAACUCAAGAAGAUAUAUCUCAACAAUAACCCUUGGCAUUGUGACUGCAAGCUGAAGUCUUUUGUCAACUGGAUGAAAGCCAACACAAAAAAGAUUAUGUCCUCCACUCCAGAGACUUGUGAUCUUCCUGAAGGUUUGAAAGGACAACAUCUCUUGUCCCUCACAGAGGAUCAACUAAUAUGUCCAACGAAUCCACCAGGAGGGAAGUCAUUUUGCAACCUGUUUGUCAGGCUGAGACUGAAGCUUUGUGAACGUGAUGCUACAAAAUAAAUAUGACAACCCUGCUUAGGCUAUAUCUAUAACUCAUAAUAACUUUGCACUGUGUGCUAUCAGCGAUAGGCAAUAUUUCAGAUACAUGUGACUGAACUUUUUAAUUACUUCUUUGUGUAUUGUAAUUUGUAUCACCAAGACUUGAGAAGUGCUGUGUAGCAAAAUGCAUCCCAGUGAUGUAUUCUGCAUUUUGAAAAUGUUCAAAAUAAAUUUCACC